CUCACUCUUAAUGGACUGAUCUGCUAAAGAGCUGCGCCAAGAUGAGGACUCAGGUGGGGUGGUUUCUGACCAACUUGCUGCAGAGACGUAUCAGGAUGAGAACCCAGUUUGGAUGGUUGCUGAUAGCUCUCUGUGCAUUGCUCAGUUUUCAAGGUUACAGCACCGCUGCAAACAGUGAGGAAACCAACGCGUGCAUAAAGCAAAUUCUCUGUGAAUUGCUCAGUUUUCAAGGUUACAGCACCGCUGCAAACAGUGAGGAAACCAACGCGUGCCUAAAGCAAAGUUACAGCACCGCUGCAAACAACAAUGAGGAAACCAACGCACAGAUUAAAAAAAUGAGAGAAAAGAACUGCAUUUCUGUGACUGGAUUUAGUUUACCAGAAUGUGAUGAUAUAAACGAGUGUCAGAAGAACCCAAACCUCUGUGGUACUAAUACAAAAUGCAAGAACACUGUGGGAGGAUACAAGUGUGUGUGUGACUCUGGCUAUCAGACAAAAGGAAACAAAACAGAAUUCUGCCAUAAUGAAACAUAUAAUACAUGUGAAGAUAUAAAUGAAUGUCGUACAAAGACCCACAAAUGUGGCGCUAACACAAAGUGUACAAACACACAGGGAGGCUACGAGUGCCUGUGUAAUCCUGGAUCUGUCACGGCAAAAAACAAAACUAAAUUCACCCCAACCGAUAAUAAAGAGGAUAAUAAAUGUGUAGAUCCCUGUAUAUUGGUCAGUUGCACCAGAGCUCUAGGUUACAGCACCGCUGCAAACAACAUUGAGGAAACCAACGCGUGCAUCAAAAAAAUGAGAGAAGAGAACUGCAUUUCUGAGCCUGGAUUUAGUUUACCAGGAUGUGAUGAUAUAAAUGAGUGUCUGGAAAACAAAAACAUCUGUGGAAAUGAUGCUCAGUGCAAGAACACUGUGGGAGGAUACAAGUGUGUGUGUGACUCUGGCUAUCAGACAAAAGGAAGCAAAACAGAAUUCUGCCAUAUUGAAACAUAUACUCAAUGUGAAGAGAUAGAAGAAUUUUUUUCAACAUCGCAGCCAACCACUGUCAUCACUAUCACUACCCCCUCAGCCACCAACCCAACUACCUGCCCUGCUGGGUAUGUCAUGAAAUUCACAGGAGGAGUCAUGGAGUGCUCAGAUAUAGAUGAAUGUCUUCUCAAACCAUGUGCUCAUCCAGCUGUUUGCAAUAACAUGCCGGGCUACUAUUCCUGUGACUGCCCUGAGGGUUAUACAAAGUACUUUAUAAUUAGAAGACGUCGGAAUCUGACCUCAUGCGCAGAGAUAGAAGGAUUUUUUUCAACAUCGCAGCCAACCACUGUCAUCAAUUUCACUACCCCCUCAGCCACCAACCCAACUACCUGCCCUGCUGGGUAUGUCAUGAAUUUCACAGGAGGAGUCAUGGAGUGCUCAGAGAUAGAAGGAUUUUUUUCAACAUCACAGCCAACCACUGUCAUCAAUUUCACUACCCCCUCAGCCACCAACCCAACUACCUGCCCUGCUGGGUAUGUCAUGAAAUUCACAGGAGGAGUCAUGGAGUGCUCAGAUGUAGAUGAAUGCUUGGAGAAUCCUUCACCCUGUGGGAAUAACAGUUUGUGUAAAAAUACAGCUGGUUCUUUCAUUUGCUCCUGCAAAGCUGGAUACAAAGAGGUCUUUCAAAUAGGAUCCGCCCAAUUACAGUGUGUGGCUAUUAAAGACUUAUGUGGGACAUAUCUGCAAGAGCAAAACAAAACUCUGAGUAAUUGUUCUGCAAAGGAUCGCCUUUGCAUUCUUCAGCAGUCUACGUACCACCUUUUGGAAUCUUCUUGUCAGGAUAAUAGAACCAAGUUAGACAUAAAGAACAUCACUAAUUCUGCCUCUGAGAUCCUCAGCAAACCAUCUUGGUCUGCUCUCAACUCUUCUGAAGUCAGUACUGCUGUAAAUGGACUCUUGGAGACUGUGGAAACAUCAGUAUUGAAAUCCUUUUCUAAACAUCCCACCAAUCGGAAUUUCAGCACCCCUGAGAUAGCUGUUGCUACCAAGGUAGUCCAAGAAAACUGUUCUUUUCUAACCCUAAAUGUGGGACUCAACAGCAUGAAUGUGUCAUGUGAGCUUCUUCCUAACCCUGAAGAUGGAGCUGUCUUCAUUUCAUACAGGGACCUCAACUCCAUAUUAAGUGGGAGUUUAUUGCUGGAGUUGGAGGACCUUGAGAAAAACAAACCUGCUGUGGUGGUUAAUUCACAAGUGGUGACUGGAAGCAUCACAAGCCGAAAAAAGGAAAAACUUAAUCCCCCAGUGACCUUCUAUCUGAAUAAUCUGCAGGCCCCAGACUCUUCAAAAAUAUUUUUGUGUGUAUACUGGGAUCUUGAUCUGAUUGGAUGGUCACAGAGAGGAUGCAACAUCACAUUUUCCAAUGUCUCCCACACCCUCUGCUCAUGUGAUCAUCUCUCCUCCUUUGCUGUUAUCAUGGCUCCAUGUGAUAUAAAGGAAGAUCGUGGGCUUCUCGUUGUCUCCCGCAUUGGUCUGAGUGUGUCUCUUCUCUGCCUCUCUCUGUCUCUUCUCACAUUCCUCCUGUGCCGGUCCCUUAGAAGCGCUCACACCUCCAUGUUAACAGCACUGUCUGGAUGCCUCUUUAUGGGACAACUGAUCAUCCUUUUUGGCCUACACCAAACCCAGUUUCCAAUACUCUGCUCUAUCAUUGCUGGUUGUCUCCACUACAUUCUCCUCUGUGCUUUCUGCUGGAUGACUCUGGAGAGUGUUCUCCUCUUCCUCACUGUGAGAAACCUGAAUGCAAUGAACUACUUGACAUCAAGACGCUCUCACUUCCCAACUGCCUGUCUCAUUGGGUUUGGGGUCCCAGCAUUUAUAGUCACCAUCUCAGCAGCAGUUCGUUCUGAUGGAUAUGGCACUGAGAAAAGUUGUUGGCUAAAUCUAAAUCUCAUUUGGAGUUUUCUUGGUCCAGUUUCUGUGUUCAUCACUAUAAAUACCAUACUACUGACUUUAACAUUAUGGCUACUCCGAGCAAAGCUAGCAUCCCUGAACAAAAAUGUAUCAAGUUUUAAAAACACCCGGUUGUUGACCUUCAAGGCUCUGGCUCAGCUCUUCAUACUUGGAUCUACUUGGGUAAUUGGCUUCUUCCAGUUUGGAACUGGGGCCAUUGUGGCAUCGUAUCUGUUCACCAUCUGCAACAGCCUUCAGGGCGCAUUCAUCUUCCUUGUGCACUGCCUGCUCAAUCAUCAGGUAAGGGAGGAAUAUCGCAACAUUUUCUAUCGGCUGCAUAUUAAGAAGCCAGAGUCAGAGACUGUAUCAGGCAGCACUAUUCCUAUGACUUUGAAAUCGGCAACUAUAUCCGAGGUAGUGAAAUCUGAUACUGUCAUAGACCAUCACUCUGAAUUGGGUAAAACUGAAUGGUGUAAGACUUCGGAUGAUACAAGUCACUGAACCAAGGAACUGGGGGCUGAGCGUAAGCUCCUCAUGGCAAAGACUCAGCACUUAAACAUUUUACACAAUGGUUUGUCUAUAAAUAAUUGUAAAU